GCGCGCAGACUUAUGGGUAAUGCAAGGUGCAGGCGGUACAGCGGCACGCUGAAGAACGACAAGAAAUUGCUUCCGCAGUUCAGUUAGCGUGCGAGGUUAAAUGCUGUGUAAGUGUACGCUGUCCUUUUUUAAGUAACAGAGUGUUUUUGCUAAGUGUCGCAGUAUGAGUCUGAACGAGCAUUCCCUGCAAGCGCUGUCCUGGAGAAAGCUGUACCUGAGUCGAGCUAAACUGAAGGCUUCCAGUCGGACCUCGGCUCUGCUGUCUGGAUUUGCUAUGGUGGCUAUGGUAGAAGUGCAGCUGGACAACAGCUACCCCUACCCACCUGCCCUCCUUAUUGCCUUCAGUGCCUGCACCACUGUGCUCGUAGCCGUUCACCUGUUCGCUCUGAUGGUCAGCACCUGCAUUUUACCCAACAUAGAGGCCGUGAGCAACGUCCACAAUCUCAACUCGGUGAAGGAGUCCCCACAUGAGCGAAUGCACCGGCACAUUGAGCUGGCGUGGGCGUUUUCCACAGUCAUUGGUACUUUGCUCUUCCUGGCAGAGGUGGUUCUACUCUGCUGGGUUAAGUUUUUGCCCAUCAAGCCCAACAAAUCCAGCAACAGCACAGUUUCCUCCGGAGUGGCUGCUGCCAUUACCUCCACCUCCAUCAUGGUGCCCUUUGGUUUGGUUUUCAUAGUCUUCGCUGUGCAUUUCUAUCGCUCCUUGGUGAGCCACAAGACUGACAGACAGUUUGAGGAGCUGGAGGAGCUCUCCAACCUCACCAGGCUACAGAACGAGCUUGAUAACAGAGGAGAAUCUUCCAUCUUGCAGUCGCCAAGCUCACAUUUCCCAUAGUCGGGUCCAGCUGAUGCACAUCUGUGUUGGAACUCGUGACCCCUUUGGGAAUUCUCCAAGUCAGAAGCCUCGUUAUUGGCUUCUAUGGUUUUUACAGGAAUGAAGAUUAAUCUCACUCUUUAUUGUGAAACUUA